AUGGCCGCCACGGCGGCGCUGCAGCUGCUGUGCCGGCCGUCGCUGAGCGCCGCGCAGCUCCGGCAGGUGCACGCGCAGCUGCUCACCUCGUCCUCGCUCCUUCUCGCCGACCGCUUCCUCCCCAACCAGCUCCUCCGCUCGCUGCACCCGCUCGGCACCCUCCGCCUCUUCCCGCGCCUCCGCCGCAUCCUCCCGGCCUUCCGACCAAACAACUACGCCUUCUCCUUCCUCCUCAAAGCUUCCGCCGACUCCACAGGCUCCGACGCGCGCCUCGUCUCCUCGCUCCACGCCCUCGCCGUCGUCCUCGCCUGGGACGCCCACGCCUACGUCGCCAACGGCCUCAUCCACGCCUACGCCUCCCACGGCCUCCUGCCCUCCGCCCGCCGCCUCUUCGACGGCGCCCUCUCCUCCCGCGCUGCCGACGUCUGCUCCUGGACGUCGCUCCUCACGGCCUACGCCAGGGCCGGCCGGGUGGACGAAGCGCGCGCCCUGUUCGACGAAAUGCCCCGCAGGAACGACGUCUCCUGGAGCGCCAUGCUCAGCGCCUACGUCGCCGCGGGCAGCUUCGCCGACGCCGUGCGGCUGUUCGAGGACAUGCUCAGGUCCGGCGCCCGCCCCAACAGGGCGGCGGUGGUCGGCGUGCUGACCGCCUGCGGGGCGCUGGGGGCGCUGGAGCAGGGAAGGUGGGUGCACGCCUUGGUCGCCGCCCGUCCUUCACAAGUCGGGAUGGACGGCGUGGUGGCGACGGCGCUGGUUGACAUGUACGCCAAGUGCGGGAGCCUGGACGCGGCGAGGCAGGUGUUCGCCGCCGCCACGACGGAGCAGCGCGACGUGUUCGCCUACACGGCCAUGAUCUCGGGGCUGUCGGACCACGGCCGCUGCCAGGAGGCCAUGGAGCUGUUCGGGAAGAUGCAGGCGGAAGGGGUGCGCCCCAACGAGGUGACCUUCAUCUGCGUGCUCACCGCCUGCGGCCGCGCCGGCCUCGUCGGCCGCGCCAAGGAGAUAUUCCGGAGCAUGGCCGCGGAGCACGGCGUGCAGCCGGGCGUGGAGCACUACGGGUGCCUGGUGGACGUGCUCGGCCGCGCCGGGCGGCUGAGGGAGGCCCUGGCCGUGGUGCGCUCCAUGCCGAUGAGGCCCGACUCGUACGUGCUGGGCGCGCUGCUGAGCGCGUGCGCGGCGCAGGGCGACGUCGACGUCGGCAAGCAGGUGGUGGAGUGGCUGGCGGAGCAGGGGCUCGACCACAGCGGGGUGCACGUCCAGCUCUCCAACAUGUACGCCGCCUGGAGCGAGUGGGAGGAGGUGGCCAGGGUCCGCCGGGCCAUGGACCAGAGGAACGUGGCAAAGGUGCCCGGCUGCAGCAUGCUGGAGGUGGACGGCGUCGCCUGCGAGUUCGUCGCCGGCGACCGCUCGCAUCCGCGGAUGCGGGAGAUCAUGGCUGCCGUCACAGACCUGCAUGAGCACCUCCGGCUCUUGGGAACAACUGCCCUCGAGGAUGCAUGGGCUUUUUUGCUUUGACGACACGGAUCGGACUGUAGUCACAAGCUUGUCAAAGGUUGCACCGUUGCAUGGCAUGGCGAGCCUGCGAGUAGUAGUUACCACCAGAAGCACCUCGUUCGGUGGUGUGCCUUGGCAAGUUUUAAUCUGCUCUGAUUAAAAUCCAA